AUGCCACAACAAAAAAGAAAAGCUUCGGCAAUUGCUUCCGCAAAAAUUGCAGAAGAAGCCGGAAGUGGCAGAAAACGUAAAUCCGAUACCAAAGAACAACGAACCCCUUCUACUAAGGAAAGUAGUAAUGACAAAGAUGUUGUUAAAGGUGAUGAAAUUGAACAAAAUGUUUCUGGUAAUAAAGCUAAAGAAUCUGUUAAAGAACAACCUGGUAAUAAACGUCGUAAGAAAAGCGAAGAACAACAAGAAUCUAAUGCUCAAGAAGUUCAGGCGCAGAAAAGUGGUAAUGGCAUCACAGUUGAAAAUAAAAAUAAUGAAGUCAAAUCCGAGCAAGAACCUCAAGGACAUGACUUAAUUAAACCUCAAGAACAUGACCAAAUGUUGGUCGAUGAAUAUAAUAAAAAUGUUGAAGAAACUGCACAACGUCAAAAAGCAGACAUUGACCCAUCAAAAGGCGAACAAGCUAAUGACAUAAAACAAGUUCAAAUUGAAACGAAAAAAGAAUUAGAAAAAAAGAUGGCUCCGAAUACUAUUGAAAAAGGUCAUAUUUGCUUCCUUUAUAGACCAAAGAUUAAUGUUGAAAAUCCAGAUAGCAUUGACGAUGUUCAAAGAAUGUUUAUGAUCCUUAUUCCAUAUAUGGUGAGACCAUCUAUCUCUGAGGAACCUAUCCCAAGCUAUAUUCAUCAAAUAAUUGAUAACAAGCAAUUGGAUGCCGACGUACCUAUUCCCGGUAAAACUCGUGUUAUUUCGAUUGGUAAGAAAAGACUCCCUGAAGUUGAGAAACACUCUAAAUUCUGGGCUUUCGUAGAUAAAGCCUUUACAAAUUUGGACGAUUUAAAAGAAUUCGCUCUUGGAAGAAAAUAUCAAACUGCUACACGAGGUGAAAGGACUUUAAGUUCGUGUAGACUCAUGGGAAGAGGUGUGUACAACAUAGUUGAACACAAAGGACACACACACUUGGCAUAUGUGUUAGAAUUUCCCGAAGAACCAAGUGAAGUUCAAAAAGAUUUCAACAUUAAAAAAGAAGGAAGCUAUGUUAUCAGUGUAAAGAACCCUGAAACUACAAAUCCACCAUAUGCUGGACUUCCAGAUUAUGAAAAAGUAACUUUUCCCUCUCAUCUUUUGGAUAAAUUCCGUGGUCGACGAUUUAUCUCCUUGCUUUCUUCCGAGUUCUUGGAUUAUGACGGAGCCGAAUUAUUAUUUAUUGGCGCAAAGGAAGAUAUUACAGGAGAAUUGGGAGAAGCUGGAAAGGAACUUGAGGAAUUGGCGGACUUUGAGAUUAAAGAAAUUGCACCUUUAUCAGCGGAACGGGUUAUCUAUGAAGAAUUGCAUUUAGAGAAAGAUGUCUUACCUUCUGAACCACUUCAUGGUUUAUGGAAAUAA